AAUCCAGCCGAUUCGCAUAGUGUUCCGCCAGCGAAGUAGAAGAAGAUUUUCAAGGCAUGGACGUCGUCGAUCGAUUGUUCCAGUCCUUCAAAUGUGGUGUCUCUCCUCCUCAGUCUGCUGUCAGAGAGAGCAAAAGGAACAAAUGCAAACUGAAUCAAGUGAGUUCAGAAGAGUUCUUAGGGUAUUCUCAUACUCCAUCUUCGGGAUCACGGAAAAAGAGACAGAAACAUGCUGCAGAUGUGCAAGAAGUUGGUGCAACUACAGCUAAAGCAAUCAAUUUUAGCAAAACAAAGCAUCUCUCUCCAAUUGUGUUCUAUGGUUCUCCACAUGGCGUGCCUCCAAAAAGACCAACCAGUUUGCUGCGAUUGUUACGUGAAAUCCACAUUCAUCUUGAUGAACAGAAAAAUUUAAGAGAGAAAGUUUGGGCUACAUUCCCUAAGCAGGAUGAGGCUAUAAAGUAUGCAAGAGAGCACGGAAAUGUUCAUGUUUUCAGUUACCAAGAUCAUAUGAACGGACAGAGGAGGUUCCUCGUCUCAACAUAUGGACAGUUUUGGCAGAGGUACAAAAACAUGAAUCCUAAAUUCCGCCACCAUUAUGAAGUGAUUCAAGAGGGAUUACCAUGCCACCUAUAUUUUGAUUUGGAGUUCAAUAAGAGGGAUAAUAUUGAAAAGAAUGGGGACGAGAUGGUUGAUCUCCUCAUAUCUGUUGUUUUUGAUGCCUUAUUUGAGAAAUACUCUAUUGAAGGAGACCAUGGCUGGAUAGUAGAACUUGAUUCUUCUACUGAAGCAGAAAAGUUUUCUCGUCAUUUAAUAAUCCGCAUAAAGAAGACUGCUUUUAAGGACAAUACACAUGCCGGUGCCUUUGUUGCUGAGAUAUGCUCACGGAUUAUUAGUGGAAGGGAGAGUGAUGGAAAAUUAGAAAAGUUGUUUGUCUUAAAAGACUCAGGCUCCACUGGUAACCCAUGCCAUCUUUUUGUGGAUACUGCUGUCUACUCUAGAAACCGUUGCUUUCGCUUACCUCUAUCAUCAAAAGCUGGGAAGACUUCUGUUCUUCUACCUACGGGGCGUUUUAAAUGCAAGAACAUGAGCGAGGAGGAUGUGUUCUUGGCAUCCUUGAUAUGCAAUAUGGAUGUUGACUGUGAGAAGCUUCUGACCUGCAAAAUGGAUGUAGAUUGUGUGAAGGCGUUGCACUUUGAUACAGAGAUAAACAAUGGUUUUCAAAUGCAAUCAGGUCUGUCUCAAGAAUUCACUUUGAGUUCUGGCAGAGGUCAAGUUUCAAGAACUUAUUUGAUGGGAAAAUCACCAUUUCCAGCCUUGGACAUUUUUGUGGAAUCUGUUGGCUCCAUCGGGGAUGUGUCAGGAAAAAUCCGAAGUUGGUAUUGGUUCUCUGAGUACGGAUUGAUGGUCUAUAGCAUGUCAAGAAAUAGAUACUGUGAACGGAUUGGUAGACCACAUAAAAGCAAUCAUGUGAUUUAUGUUGUUGACCUCCAAAGGGCUGUGUACUAUCAGAAAUGCCAUGAUCCGGAUUGCAGAGGUUACCGAUCCCCUCUUCGUCCAGUCCCUAAAGAUGUUCUUCCUGAUGCUUCAGUUUUCUUCAGUUCUCUUGGGCAUAAUAAUGGCUCCUUGGACAGGAAUCUUGAAUGUCAACUUGUUGAAAAUGGUCAGGAGCAUAUAACAUUUUGUGGUGAUGAAAACAUGACAGACAGCUGCAAGAAACAAGGAUGGUGGCUUGAAGCUGCAAGAGUUGCAGAAAAAAUGGAGAAUAUGUGUAAAACACUCGAUCUCAGUGAAAUGAAAGUCCUCAAAUAGAAUACUACAUUACUCUUUUCAGUUUGUACUGUUCUUAACAUGAGAAUAACGCCUGAUGGAGAUGAAGAGGACUGGUGGAUGGCAGUUGAAAGGACUGCAUUUCAGGCUGAACUAACCUACACUUAAAAUUUGAUUCCAUACUUCCAUCGCCCUUAUAUUUGAUGUGGAGGUGAUAAGAACUCAGACGCAAGAAGAAAGUGGUCAGCUAGCAGUUGAUGUGGGAUGUACAAUCAUGACAUUCAUACUUGAGGAAUGCCAAGUGUGAAUCUACAAAAUUCAUGUAAAGAAGUAAUCCGUCAUAUGCACUACUUCUUUGUAUAUAUCUUACCUGACCUUUCUUGACGUGUACCACGGAAAAGAAAGCUGUUAAUUUUGCAGAGUUGCAGAAUGCAGACAUUAUGUAGCAGAAUUGAGACGCUGAAUUCUUUUAUCCUAAUUCACAGGGGGGGCCCUUAAGCAUAAGAGUCAGUGAUGAGCUGUUGAGAGGUACUGAUAAGUUGUCUAGAGCUGCUAAUUAAGUUACAGAAAAAUUUGAAAUACAUAAUUUCUCUUUAGAUUCACUUGUAGUGCUUGUAUUUUUGGACCCUUCUUAAGAAUGACUUGUCAAGCUGAUUGCACUGGGUGGGUAAAAUGAGAUUUUUUUUCCUAAUGUCACAAGUCCUUUCAAAUUUAUAAUAUAAAUAAUCGAGAAAUCAACUUAGCAGCUAGGGGAGAUUUAUUAUGAGAGAACUUGAAUUUGAGAAUUUUUUUUGAACAUUUUAAUACAACUUAUCACUUGAACUACAAUCUUUCUUAAUGGUCAUUUAGUAAAUUUAAAGUUUAUGGUUAUUAUUGUUGUAAUUGUGUAAUUGGGAUGAUCUUAUUUAAUUUUCCUCUUUUAUGUUAUUCUUCUUUCCCAAAACUUACCAUGAAGUUAAUAGUUGAAUUUCUUGCUCUUGCUGUCAAGAUGAUAAGGUGAACUAGUUAAUGAGUAGAGAGAUUUUGAUUGUGAUGUAUAUUUUGUUUUAGAUCCCAUCUCUUUUUUU